AUGAAGAUAAUAGGAGUGACAGGAGGGCUCUGCACAGGCAGCGCAACGGCAAUGAAGUACAUAGAAGAGAAAGGAUACCCCGUGGUAAGAAAGAGCGAGGUGUUCAGCUAUUUAAAAAGCAUAGAUAGCCUAUCUAAGUGCAAUCUGUGCACAGAGCUAUCCAAAAAAGAAAACACUUUGAAGAGACAGGUGGCUCUGCAUCUGGUAAAAUAUAUAAAAAACAGAGAAAUCUUUUUCAGACUUGCAUGCAAAGAGGUGGUGUUCGUAGAAGUGCCGUUUCUAUACGAGUGCGAGUUGGAAGAGUAUUUCGACAAAGUUGUGGUGGUGACAUGCGGGCCAAAAACACAGGAAGAAAGAAUAGAAAGUAAGUACGGCGCAUCAGAGGGAAAGAGAAGCAGCAGAGUCUUCUCUAAAAAGAACAUAGAAGAGAUUCUUAGUGCGCAGAUACCCAUUGUGGACAAAAGAAAGAAAUGCGACUUUGUCAUAGACAACAAUAAGAACAUCGAGUUUACUAACUACCAGCUGGAUCUUCUCCUAUACAACUACUACAGAUACUCUCUCUUCCAUAUUUCCGUUAUUCUCAUAGGUCUUCUAUCUGUUCUCCUCCCCAUCCUAAUCAAGUAUAAAGAUACGGUGCCAACCAAGGUAAUAAACAGUAGACUAAAAAGGAUAAUAAGCAAGCUUAGAAGAAAGGUAGAAAAGUCAUAA